CAGCGGUGGAAAACGGUUCGUCACCAUUUGAAGCCUCAAUACCUCUUUCUCUCCUUAUCUAUCUCUUUCUCUCUUUCCCUUAAAAUAUAACAAAAAAUAAUCGGAACAUAAAAGAAUCGACAUGGCGAGUUUAUUAGAUAAAGCAAAAGAUUUCGUGGCUGAUAAACUCGCCGGGGUUCCUAAACCGGAGGGUUCGGUUACGGACGUCGACCUUAAAGACGUGAACCGUGACUCCGUCGAGUACUUAGCCAAAGUUUCAGUCACCAAUCCUUACAGUCACGCGAUUCCGAUCUGCGAGAUCAAUUUUACUAUCCACAGCGCUGGCCGGUUCAAGAGAGUGCUGUCAUUGAGAAAAGGAGGAGGAUUAGAAUUAGAGUUAAGAUCCGGAGACUUAGGGGAUUCAUGAGGAAGAAAGCGAGUAAGGUUAAAAUUGGAGUUUUAAAGAUAUUGAAGAGGUUGAAGGAGAGUCAAUCACACUUUGGUGAUCUAUUUGCUGGUAAUUACCUUUUCAUGCAAGUUAAUCCUUCUUCUCUUAACACUAA